CUCACAUGAAAAGGCUCACAUUGCCCAUGUACUAAAAAUUUCAAAUCUUAACGGCUAGUCAUUAUCUUCUUCCUCUUUCAAUCACCAUUAAUCCCCUUCCAUUUUUCCAGAAACAACCCAGUUUCUCUGCAAAAAUCAACAAUUCUUCAGAAAAGAAAUCGAUACUUUCAAUAAAAUAGCAAAAAAUGUGGAAAGACCGUAAUAAUUGCGACGAUAAAUUACAGGGAUUUUAUACUCCACCUCCAAAACGCAGUUCAAUAUCUUCAAAAUCAUGGAUGUCAGAACAAACCAAGAAGAAUUCUGAUCUUUUUCAUGUCAUUCACAAAGUUCCUUCUGGUCAUUCUCCUUAUGUCAAGGCCAAACACGUUCAGUUGAUAGAGAAAAAUCCAAAUAGAGCAGUAGCCAUGUUUUGGAAUGCUAUAAAUGCUGGUGAUCGUGUAGAUAGUGCUUUGAAGGACAUGGCAGUUGUGAUGAAGCAAUUAGAUAGGUCGGAUGAGGCCAUCGAGGCGAUCAAAUCAUUUCGCCAUCUCUGUUCAUCUGAUUCUCAAGAAUCACUAGACAAUGUUUUAGUGGAGCUCUACAAGCGCUCAGGAAGGCUAGAAGAGCAGAUUGAGGUUCUUCAGCAAAAGCUAAAGCGAGUUGAAGAAGGCUUUCGUUUUGUGGGAAGGAGAGUUAAAGUGGGAAAAUCUCAGGGCAAGAAGGUUCAAAUUACAGUUGAGCAGGAAUAUGCAAGGCUAUUAGGGAACUUGGCUUGGGCAUACUUACAAAAAAAUGAUUAUGAAACUGCUGAGGAGUAUUACAGGAAAGCUCUAUCAAUUGAGCCAGACAGGAACAAGCAGUGCAAUCUUGCCAUCUGCUUGAUGUAUAUGAACAGGAUAGCUGAAGCUAAGUUUCUUCUUCAAGUCAUCCGUGCUUCAGCUCCUGAAGGGCUGAUGGAUGAGUCCUAUGCCAAGUCCUUUGAGCGAGCAUCUGGACUGUUGGCUGAAAUUGAAAAUCAACCAGAUGAAUCUUCGUGUGAAGCAGAAAAGGAAAAUUGUUAUGGAAAUGCCAGAUUCUUUGCAUUUAGCCCUCACAAAAAGCCACAUGAAUAUGUCCGAAACAGCAAUAGAAGAGGUUCAGAUAAUCAACUUGAUCUGAAAGCUGGAGCUAACUCCAGGGAUUCUUUUGCCACAAGCAAUAUUGGAAGUUCAGUUUAUGACACAGCUGCAUUUGAUGCUAGUUUCAAUUGUAAGAGAGCGUACACACCAUCUGUUCCAGCAAGAGGAAUCCCCAAGAGUCCUUUCACACAGCCCAAGAAAAGUUUAAUCUAUGACAGUGGGAAUUGGAGAAAAGGAACAUACAGGAAUGAACUAGUAAGCUGCUUGCCUCGCAGACUCCAAUUCGAAAACCCUGCAGAUUCAGGUUUUCAAUCUACCAAAGAUUUGAGAAGUAAAUGCUCGGAAACUGACCAGCAGGGGACUGUGAAUAUGAUAAAUAUGCCAAUCGAUUCUACUCCAAACAGAAAAGUUUCGGACAUGACAGCUGAUGUCGACAGGAAAGAGAAUUUGUCAGUAACAAAAACCUCUGGUCCUGAAAAUGAGGGUAGGGAUUCAUACAGUGCUUUAUGGGAUUUAUCAAGCUUUAAAUCUCAGAAGAGCUGGGCUGAUAUGGCUGAUGAAGAGGAACAGGAGAUGUUGCAGAUGCAUCAAUACUCAGUAGAUGCUAAGUCCCCUGAGGAGUUGAGCACAGUAUUCCAAUCGGUCACUGUUAAUGAAGAUGGCGCAGUAGCAUCCAACCAAUUGUCUGCAUGCCGAGCUUUGUUUUCUAACCAACAGACGCAACAAGACUCAAUGAAGACUAAGAACAGACUUGAGGUGUUCCGGGAUUUGACUCCAGAAUAAUAGUGUCAAUAUUAGAAAGAGUGUAAAUUUUUGGUAGAUUGUGCAUGUAGAUUUUUGAUAGAUUGUGUUCAUAAAAUUGACAUGAACCCGUUAAUUCUUUAAUGCAACUGUAAGUAAAAUUUACAUUUUAUGAUCUGUAAGUAAAUGAGUAGUGUGCAUUCUUUUACCUUGUAAAGCUGUACUAGCAAAAGCAAUAAAACCAAAGCUUUUUGGCCUUAGUAGCAAAUACAAGUAAA